UGGACGUAGAUAUAGUUCAAGCAGUGAUAUGGGAGGGAGAGUUCAAGAAAGAAGUUUGAGGUUAAUUUGAUAUGUCAAAUUUGUUUGACAGUUAAGUUAACAGUCAAAAUAAAAAUCAAUAAAACAAAAUAAAAAUAGUGAAGGGAGGAAGUAAGGAAGGAAAGCUAGACAAACUAUUAGUUUUAUUUAACUAAACAUAUAAUACAGUCUGUGAUACAGUUCUAUUGUUUCUUAGUUUGUAAUUUUGUUGUUGUAUACAACUCUAAAAUGAAUUUUAAACAAGAAAUACUUGAACAUGUUAGUAUGCACCAGUCAAAGAAAAAUGAAAAAACUGAUUUGAUGGUUGACAACUACUGUAAUAGUAAUAUUGAGUUGAAGAAGGAACCUCGCUGUGAUUUAGAUGCAAGUUGUAUUUUGGAUUCUCUGAAUAUUAAUCCAUUUCACCAACCGAAAACUGAAAUAGACAUUAAGAAUAUAAAAAUUGAGGAAAGUGAAGGUGCAUCUAUCAAAGAGAAGCAAAUACUCAAAGAAGAUACAGAAAUUGAAAUUGAAAUUAUUAAGGAAAAUGACGAAACAUACCAGACGAAUCAGCUGUCUUCAUCAAUAGAUCUUGUUGACAUGAAGGUGGAAACAGAAGUAAAAGAUUGCUCAGAUGCAGAAAUUAAAAUUGAACGUAUUAAGGAAAACGACGAAACACAUCAGAAGAAUCAGUUGUCUUCAUCAAUAGGUAUUGAUGAUAUGAAGGUGAAAACAGAACCAAAAGAUUGCUCAGUUAUUCGUCAAGAGGAAAAUACAAUGGAAACUGUGAAAGAACAUCUGAGAGUACAUACUGUCAACAAACCUUACAAGUGUGAAAUUUGUUUCAAGCAGUUUAAUCGGGCAGGUACUUUAAGAAAACAUCUGAGAGCACACACUGGAGAAAGACCUCACAAGUGUGAAAUUUGUUUCAGGCAGUUUGAUCAAGCAGGUACCUUGAAAAAACAUCUGAGAGCACACACUGGAGAAAGACCUCAUAAGUGUGAAAUUUGUUUCAAGCAAUUUGCUACAACAUUUGCUUUGAAGAAUCAUGUACUACUACACACUGGAGAAAAGCCUCACAAGUGUGAAAUUUGUUUUAAGCGAUUCACCUUAGCAACUACUUUGAAAAACCAUCUGAGAAUACACACUGGAGAAAAGCCUCACCAAUGUGAAAUUUGUCUUAAGCAGUUUGUCAGAGCAAGUGUUUUGAAAGACCAUCUGAAAAUACACACUGGAGAAAGACCUCACAAGUGUGACGUUUGUUUUAAGGCGUUUGUUAAAGCAAGUGUUUUGAAAGAUCAUCUGAAAACACACACUGGAGAAAGACUUCACAAGUGUGAAAUUUGUCUCAAGCAGUAUACUUCAGCAUUUGUUUUAAAAAGGCAUUUGAAAAUACAUACCGGAGAACGGCCUCACAAGUGUGAAAUUUGUUUUAAGCAAUUCACCACAGAAAAUACUUUGAAACUCCAUCUGAAAAUACACACUAGAUAUGGAGAUAGACCUCACAAGUGUGAAAUUUGUUUAAAACAAUUUAUUGAAUCAAGUAGUUUGAAAAAACAUUUGAGAGUUCACACUGGAGAAAAACCGUACAAGUGUGAAAUUUGUUUAAAACAGUUUAGUGAAUCAGGUAGUUUGAAAAAACAUUUGAGAGUGCAUAUCGGAGAAAGGCCCCACAAGUGUGAAAUUUGUUUCAAGAGGUUUACAGAAAGACACGAUUUGCAAGUACAUUUUAGAUCACAUACUGGAGAAAAGCCUUACAAGUGUGAAAUAUGUUUAAAACGGUUUAGUGAAUCAGGUAGUUUGAAAAAACAUUUGAAAGUGCAUAUCGGAGAAAGACCUCACAAGUGUGAAAUUUGUUUCAAGGGGUUUAUAGAAAGACGCGAUUUGAAAGUACAUUUUAGAUCACAUACUGGAGAAAAGCCUCACAAGUGUGAAGUUUGUUUAAAACAGUUUAGGGGACAAAGUAAUUUGAGAAAACAUUUGAAAAUACACACUGGAGAAAGACCUCACAAGUGUGACAUUUGUUUCAAGGGGUUUAUGGAAAGACGCGAUUUGAAAGUACAUUUUAGAUCACAUACUGGAGAAAAGCCUCACAAGUGUGAAAUUUGUUUUAAGCGAUUCACCUUAGCAACAUCUUUGAAAAACCAUCUGAGAAUACACACUGGAGAAAAGCCUCACAAGUGUGAAAGUGGUUUUACACAAAGAUUUGAUUUGAAAUCACAUACUGGAGAAAUGCCUCACACGUGUGAAAUUUGUUUAAAACAGUUUAGUGGACCAAAUAAUUUGAAAAACCAUUUAAGAAUACAUACUGGUGAAAGACCUCACAAGUGUGAAAUUUGUUUCAAGCAGUUUACUCAGGCAGGUAUUUUGAAAAAACAUAUGAGAAUACACACAGGAGAAAGACCUCACAAAUGUGAAAUUUGUUUCAAGCAAUUUACUACAACAUUUGCUUUGACAAACCAUGUGAGAAUACACACUGGAGAAAAGCCUCACAAGUGUGAAAUUUGUUUUAAGCAAUUCACCUUAGAAACUACUUUGAAAAACCAUCUGAGAAUACACACUGGAGAAAAGCCUCACAAGUGUGAAAUCUGUUUUAAGCAGUUUGUCAGAGCAAGUGUUUUGAAAGACCAUCUGAAAAUACACACUGGAGAAAGACCUCAUAAGUGUGAAAUUUGUUUUAAGCAGUUUAUUAGAGAAAGUGUUUUGAAAGACCAUCUGAGAAUACACUCUGGAGAAAAGCCUCACGAUUGUGAAAUUUGUUUCAAGCAGUUUAGUACAGCAUUUGUUUUAAAAAGGCAUUUGAGAAUACAUACUGGAGGAACGACGUCACAAGUCUGAAAUUUGUUUUAAGCAUUUCACCGCAGCAAAUAAUUUGAGAAUCCAUCUGAGAAUACACACGAGAGAGAGAGAGAGAGAGAGAGAUCUCACAAGUGUCAAAUUUGUUAGUUUAGUGGACCAAGUAAUUUGGAAAAACAUUUGAGAAUACAUUCAGUCCGUACUAUAUACAGUCGGAAAAAUGAAAGAAUACGAUCACAUCAAUCACAUAUUUUGUAUUUACUGUUUUUUCCAUAAAUAACAAACGAGAGAGAUAGAUUAUUAAUAAUCUGAAUAAUAUUAUGUGAUUGAUGUGAUUGUUCAUGGGUAUUCUUUCAUUUUCCGACUGUAGAUACCUUAGAAUAUAAAAUAAACCAGGAAGGAGUACAAUGCGAAAUGAGCCAGAAAGGAGGUUGCAAAUGGCGAUCAGCUGUCAGAUUUGCUUUCUAUCUCCAGUGACGUUCCUUUGAAAGAGGGAAGAAAAGAAAUUCUUAACGAUUUUAUUACAUCUUUGAUGUUAAACAAACAGCUAUAGAUCAAGAGAAAAUACGUAUUAAUAUAAUAUUUUGUUGAAAAGUCAGUUAAAUAACAUUUUAUUAUACUAAUAACUUCAGCUGAUUCAAUACACAAAUACCUUCUACCUCGUUAACAAAAACUUGUGAGUCAUCCACAGACGUUCACCAUGGCCGAUUCCGCUAGAAAUUUAAGGUGUUGUUGAUAUAUAUGACAGACUCCUUCCUAUUUAUUUUAUAUUCUAAGGUAGAUACCGUUGCACGUCAGUAUCUACGUCAGAGAUCUAAGUUAACAUUGUUGCCCAAUUUCAAAAAAUUCUUGAAUUCAUUUUAAAUGAAAUAUAUCACAUAAUUAUUGCAAAGUGGAUUAUACAACAAAAUAAAUUAAUAUUCAAUGUAACUAAACAAAAACAUUAUAAAUAGUACACAAGACUUAAGUUAUAAUCUUACGUUAAAAUAAAUAAUAAAAACAAUACUUCUACAAAUCGGAAGUGUCAAUACCGCAUCUGUCAAAUAAAUGUUACCAGUUUAUGCCAAAAUGUCACCUUUAUUCGAUUGCAGUUAGAGUGUAAUCCGAACAAGUGUGCUUUAUAAAAACGCUGUUCAAAUGCUGUUGAAAGAUUUGGGACUUUUUUACAACCAAAUGACCACGAUGCUGUUACCUUAGCUGGCUGCAUAGAAAAAAGUUGCGUGUUAUCAAGUACCGAUAAAUUCAUUUGUCAAAGCUAUGACGGAGCAAGUGUUAUGAGUGGCGUUCAUGGUGGUGUGCAAAAACCAGAGAUAUGUAAAGAAAAUAGAUCAGGCUAGUCAUAUGCCACUCAAUGCAUCGGGGUGUAACGCCGAUAUCAAGUAGGUGGUCUAGCUAUCUUUGUCUGUCGUGCGAGUGUGAGCGAAUCUACCAAGAGGUGGGAAUAACGGAACGACAGUGACACACAGGCGGCGGCGGCCAUGAUAUGCUAGAGAGAAAAAGCUAAGCGCCGGUAGAGAGAGAUAGAUAGACCACCGACCCGAACUGUUCCGCGUUACGCUAUUUUUCGAACUGGCCUAAUCUAUUCUGUUAUAUCUAUGGCAAAAACUCAUUAAAGACAAAUAUAGAUAUGCCAAUUAUAUACAUUGUUAUGCGCAUCAGUUAAAUUUGUUAAUGUCUCAGGCAACAAGCAUAAAUACUAAUGUGCGCAUAUUUUUUGCUGAUUUGAGAGACACUACUAUUUUUUUUUUCAAAGUCACCUUGGAGAGUUGCCAUAUUAGAUGAAGUUGUGGGAAAUAGGGUUCCGUCAGCAUCUACUACAAGAUGGAAUUUUAAAAUUAGAACGGUGAACAUGGUAUGUGCAAAUAGAGAAACCCCAAUAGAGUAUGGAAAGAAUACUAUCAACAUCUAGGCAAUCUGAUACUAUAACAAAAGCAGGUGCACUUUUGAGGUUACUGAAUGAUGUUAAAUUUGUAUUUUUGUUGAAAGUUUUUCAUCGUCUGAUGCCCCAGGUUGACAUCUUAUAUUCAUAAAUACAAAAAACCGCUACUGAUUCCGUAACCGUAAAACGAUGCUUAACUGAAUUUGAAAAAAAUAUUCAAAAAGAAAGUGAUAAUACUCACACCAUAACAGAAACCUAGUUGGAAACAUUGACGAUAGUCAAUCUAGGAGACGGAAGAAAAAUGACAGAAUUUCUUGACUAAACACUCGCGAACUCAAUCGACUAUAGGUGGCAGUGCAGUUGCAUGAAAAUGGCCGAUGUAAUUGGGAUAACGUAUUUUUCUAUAAUUAAUAUUGUUAUUGAUGUAAUUAAUUAAUAUAAAUAAAUUAUUAAUUAAAUGAA